AAGAAGAAGAAGAAUCAUCCUAAUAAAUUUGCUAUAGUCGGCACAAAGAGAAAAAAAAAAAAUCCAAAAAUGUUUGUAUUGUUUUGUUAUAGGGGAAGAACUGCUGCACCACUGCGGUUAUUAUCGUUGUAUAAGCGACACAAUAAACCAGCAGAACUUUCACGGUUGUAUACAUCUUUGGGACAUAAUCAGAAGGGCAGCUUACAAAAGCCAAGCAAUGCCAUCAGCUGCAUGUGGAGCCUGGCUCAGAGAGUUGUCCGCCAGUCUAUGUCACGGACAUCCAAACCUCCAGGAGUGGCUUUGAAGUUCAUCCUAGCUCCAGCUGUACUUACUGCUUCAACACGAUUGGUUUGCACUGCAGCUCAAUGUCAGGCAGAUGUGAAUAACAACACUCCAGUUGAAUUUGAUGUCAAAAACACUGUACCGGAGUUCAAAUGGUAUAUCCUGUGGGAAUUUGUCAAACCUCAGCUGUUUGCGCUCAUUGGAGCUGUUGUGCUUGCUUUUGGUGCAGCGAUUUUAAAUAUUCAUAUCCCCUUAAUACUUGGGGAUCUGGUGAAUGUUGUGGCACAUUACCUCAGAGACCAUGUUGGGAAUUAUGUCCAGGAGAUACAGGGUCCUGCUUUGAAGUUGCUUGGACUGUAUGGUAUCCAAGGCUUGCUGACGAGUGGCUACAUUAUCCUGUUGUCGAGGGUCGGGGAGAGAGUGGCUGCAGACAUGAGGAAGACCCUUUUUACAACUCUGUUGAGGCAAGAUGUGGCUUUCUUUGAUGCCAAUAAAACUGGACAGCUGGUGAAUCGUUUGACAGCUGACAUUCAGGAGUUCAAGUCAUCCUUUAAACUGGUCAUCUCUCAGGGCCUGCGGAGUGUUACGCAGACAGUUGGAUGUUUCGUUUCUCUCUAUAUCAUCUCCCCCAAACUCACUGGUUUGACUGUAAUCAUCCUUCCCUGUCUCGUGGGAGUGGGGGCUCUCAUUGGCUCAUUCCUUCGUAGACUCUCCCGUUUGGCCCAAGAACAGGUAUCAAAAGCAACAGGCGUGGCCGACGAAGCACUUGGAAAUGUGCGGACAGUGAGAGCUUUUGCCAUGGAGGAGCGAGAGCUCCAGUUAUAUGCAUAUGAAGUUGAUAAAUCCUGCAAAAUGAAUGAAACUCUGGGUGCUGGAAUAGCAGUUUUCCAAGGCCUAUCAAACAUGGCCCUGAACUGCAUUGUUCUUGGAACAAUUUUUGCUGGAGGGAGUUUAAUUACCAGCAAUGAAAUGUCCCCUGGAGAACUCAUGUCUUUCCUGGUAGCGGCCCAGACUGUGCAGAGGUCCCUGGCCAGUAUCUCGAUCCUUUUUGGGCAGAUGGUGAGAGGACUAAGCUCUGGGGCACGGGUAUUUGAAUACUUGGCUUUAGAGCCAACCAUUCCACUCUCUGGAGGAGGGAGAAUCUCUUACCAUUCUCUGAUGGGAAGAGUUGAUUUUCUGGACAUUUCAUUCAGUUAUCCAACAAGACCGGGCCAUCAGAUCCUAAAGAAUUUCAGCUUAACACUACCUCCUUGCAAAACUAUUGCCAUUGUUGGAGAAUCUGGAGGAGGCAAAUCCACUGUGGCAUCUUUACUGGAGCGUUUUUAUGACCCAACCAGUGGUGCCAUUCUGUUGGACGGUAUUGACAUUCGCACACUUGACCCAUCCUGGCUCAGGGGACAAGUUAUUGGAUUUAUCAAUCAGGAGCCGGUUUUGUUUGGCUCUUCUGUCAUGGAAAACAUCCGCUUUGGGAACCCUGAGGCCACUGAUGCUGAGGUCAUUAAUGCAGCCAAGCAGGCCAACGCUCAUGGUUUCAUCACAAAAUUCCCAGAUGGCUAUAACACUGUGGUUGGUGAACGCGGAAUGACAUUAUCGGGUGGUCAGAAGCAGCGCAUUGCCAUCGCCCGAGCUUUGAUCAAGAACCCGAACAUCCUGGUGCUGGAUGAAGCCACCAGCGCCCUGGAUGCAGAAUCAGAGCGAGUGGUACAGGAGGCUCUGGACCGAGCCACGAGAGGUCGUACUGUGCUCAUCAUUGCACAUCGCUUGAGCACCAUUCAAGGGGCAGACUUAAUUUGUGUUAUGAGCAACGGCCAUAUUGUGGAGGCUGGGACUCACUCAGAAUUGCUGAGCAAAAGAGGAGUUUAUUCUGAUCUGAUCCGCCGACAGAGAAGUGAGGGACAGAAAUAAGCACAAGUUUCCAGUAGAUGUACUUUUCAGAUAAAUAGGGAAACCUUCUGUGAAGAGCUGGACCUAUAGCUAAAACACUGUAAUUUACCAGAUCAAAACGGGUCACAAUAAAUAUGUACAGUAUUUAUAAUCUGUAAGAGGACCAGUUUCUUGAAUAUUGUGUCAACAUUUUACUUUGUACAGACAUUAAUUGAAUUUCAUGAUUGUUUGGUAUAGAAUAAUAAAUUGUAUGAUGGCAGAAAUAUGAUUUA